AUGGGGAGUUUUCUUGAUAAGUAUUAUGUUGUUUCUAUUGUGGUUGUGAAAUUUGUUGAAUCAAACCCAAGAAUGAUCUCCACUGAGACUGACAUUGCCAUCAUUGCAGGUGUGAUCAUUGCUGUAUCCUUCGUCCUGUUCUGCCUCCUCCUUGUCAUGCUACACUACAUGUACCGGCACAAGGGCACAUACCACACCAAUGAGGCCAAGGGUACAGAGUUUGCUGAGAGUGCAGAUGUGGCCCUGCAGGAUGAUCCUGCCCUCCAGGAUACUGGUGACAGCAGCAGAAAGGAGUACUUUAUCUGA